AUUUUUUUUCUUCUCUCUUUUAAUUAGAUAGACGUCGCCCGUGGGUUAAAUAUCUUGUGUAGUCAUUUAUUAAGGCGAGAAUAUUGUUACUUCUCAGACAUGUAUUAGUAGCUUGUCUGUGAUCUGGUAGUAACAUGAUAACAAUUAUUAAUUUUGAGGGGAAAAAUCGUACGUACAUUAUUAAUUAAUAACAUUCGGAGUCAAGUCAAUAUUAUGCAUCAGUAACAUUGUAUAAAAAAUUAGACACCUUACUUUGAUGUAUGUUACAUGAUUUAAUCAUGAACAAAUAAAUAAAUAAACGGGGAAUGGGAGGUAAUUAUGGUGGUUGAAAGAAAAAACGAUAUUUUAUGGUGGCGGAAAUAAAUAACGGGGAAUGAGAAAUUUAGAAGAUAGCCUUAGCUUCCGUUGUUUUAUCCGCAGCCACAAGUUUUGCUCUGCGUCUCCCAAGUUCCCGAUCUCGGCCGCGCGAGUCAGUGCACCCCGUGCGUGAUCAACAGGUCCUUCCUGCUGCCGCGGCCGCCUCCCACUUCGACUGCUCCCGCACCUUUCGUUCACGCAAGCGCAACCUGCUUCUCCCGCUGGCUGUCUCGGACACCCCCUCCCUCCUGCCACGCAUCCUCCCCGCCCACGAGUCUCCCCCGCAACCGGAUAAUAAGGAAGAGGAAGAGAAACCGUGCGGUGCGGCGAAAGGAACAGUGAAAAAGGAAGAAUCUCUCUGAUCGAGGUUCCUGUCCGGCUUGCAGAAUCUUGGCGGACAGCCAUAUAUGGAUGUACUGCUAGGUUCCGGGAGGUUCUUGGCGCGACGGCCUCCCCUCGCGCUCGUCCCUCGCUGCUCUCGAGGCUCCCCGGACAAAAGCGGCAGCGACAAAGGUGAAACCUCUGCUGACUGGGACAAGGCAUGGUCUGCCUUCAAGAAGAAAGGGAAGAGGACCCUGUUUUCUGAUUUCUCACCGGACAAGUACGUGACCUGGAACCCACGGCGCAGCGAGUAUCCAUUGUCAGAAGAGGUCGAUCCAAUCAAGAGAACUGAAAGAUCUAACUUGAUGUUGUGGACAAGCCCCCAGUUCACCUUGGUCGGGGCGAUUAUCAUCGUCUUGACAUUGCUAAUCUAUACACUAGUUGUUCCUCCUCCCAAGUAACUGCAGAGGUGACAACUACUGGGGGGGGGGGGGGGGGGGGGGUGAGCUGUAAACUAGUACUAUUUCAACUGGGAAGUCUGUAUUGUACAUUUUUACGUGUACUAUGGCAACUCACUAUAGCAGUAUUGAUUCAAUUGCAAUCAUGUAGAUACAACACCACUGUCCAUUCCAUUCUGGAGGUUUUUCUUCAAUUGUGUGCUAAAUGGCUGCUGUCUGAGUCUUAUAUUCACUUGUUAUAAUGAAGAAAUAUUUGGGGUCAGGUAGAA